AUGGCUAAAUCAAAUUUAACUGUUGAUUAUUUAUCGAACGAUGGAAACUCAGCAAAGGUUAUUUAUUCUGAACCACCUGAUUAUACAGUUCAAUCUACAGAACCAAUCAAUUAUUCAGAUACUCAUACUCAAAUUCAUCAACCUCAAUCAACGUAUAAUAUUAAUUCGUUACCCUCUAGCAACCUCAAUCAAAAUAUAAUUCAAUCAACAGAUAAAAUUAACAGUUACAUAGUUUGGUCUGUUAUAAAUAUUAUCUUUUGCAGUAUAUGUUUUGGUUGUGUUGCUUUAUAUUAUUCAAACAAGACAAGAGAUUUUAAAAGAGAAGGUCUUAUGCAAGAUGCAUUAAACACUUCAAAGGUAGCUCGUAAGAUCAAUAUAGUUACUACAAUAAUCGGUAUAUUCGGUUGGGUUAUCUUGCUUAUCUUGCUUAUCCAAUUUCUCGAUCAAAUGAAUUCUUACACAGUUAAAACAUUUCAUUGA